UUCUUUGGAGCGGUGACACGUAGCAACCGGGCUUGUACUGGGUCUGGAAUUGAGUUUGGAGGUUACUCGGGGCCUCUGGAAACCCCGCCGCCGCCUCCGCCUCCGCCGCCUCCGCGUCGGGUCGUUUGCCAUGUCGGGCUUUGAUAACGUGAGCCCGGAUUUCUUCCAGACCAGUUACAGCAUCGAUGACCAGUCUCAGCAGACCUAUGAUUAUGGAGGAAGUGGAGGACCUUAUAGCAAACAGUAUGCUGGCUAUGACUACUCGCAACAAGGCCGAUUUGUUCCUCCAGACAUGAUGCAGCCACAACAGCCAUACACUGGGCAGAUUUAUCAACCAACUCAGACAUAUACUCCAACCACAAGCCAGCCAUUCUAUGGAAACAACUUUGAGGAUGAGCCACCAUUAUUAGAAGAGCUGGGAAUCAAUUUUGACCAUAUCUGGCAAAAAACACUGACUGUGCUGCAUCCAUUAAAAGUAGCAGAUGGCAGCAUCAUGAAUGAGACUGACUUGGCAGGACCCAUGGUUUUCUGCCUUGCCUUUGGAGCCACGUUGUUACUGGCUGGCAAAAUCCAGUUUGGCUAUGUAUAUGGGAUCAGUGCAAUUGGCUGUCUAGGAAUGUUUUGUUUGUUAAACUUGAUGAGUAUGACAGGUGUUUCAUUUGGUUGUGUGGCAAGUGUCCUUGGAUAUUGUCUUCUUCCCAUGAUCCUACUUUCCAGCUUUGCAGUAAUAUUUUCUUUACAAGGAAUGAUAGGAAUCAUUCUCACUGCUGGGAUUAUUGGAUGGUGUAGUUUUUCUGCUUCCAAGAUUUUUAUUUCUGCACUAGCCAUGGAAGGACAGCAGCUUCUAGUAGCAUAUCCUUGUGCUUUGUUAUAUGGAGUCUUUGCCCUGAUUUCUGUCUUUUGAACUGAAUUUAUCUGGGAUGCAGACAUCAGAGGGCCAAAAAGGACUUUGAACUCUAAAAUUGGACCAGCAAACAGCUGCAGAGCAACUUUCAAGAUUUCCAGUAGACUGUGGGAGACUGGAAGUGAACAUGUGUCUUUUGUUCAUUUUUAUAGAACAUCCAAAUACUGUAUGGAUUUCCCUGCAGUGUGGCUAGCUUUAAUUGUUUGUGUUUAUACAGAAAAGAAGUGCUAUUUCUUUCCUGAUCUUGCAGCCUUUGAAAAACAACUUUUUUCCUUAAAAAUUACAUUUUUGAUAGAUUUUUAUCAACUAGGAAACCAACCACAAAGCUGAUAGUCUUUCUUAAAAACAGUGCAGUUAUAGUAAACAAGAAAUAAGUCUUACUGCACAAGUCUUUUCCAAGGACUUAGAAAAGUUACUAUGGUCUCAAGUUAGUACAUUACAACAGAAAUCUGUAUGCAGGGUUUUGUGAGUUUGCACUUCAGAAACUUGACAUUCCUAUAAAUUAUCUCAAGAAUUUUUGGUAAAAAUCAGAGACAUGAGAAAUUCACAGUCUACAUUAUUGUAGACAUGAAAUGUGGAUAGCUGCUUAGAUUCAAUGUUAACAUCAACUGGCCACAUUAAUGCUUAGUUGGAUCUCCAUGUUUCCCAGAAGAAAGGAAAUUGCUAACAUUUUGAGGAAAAUUUGAAAUUUUACAAUUCGGUAUUGCAGUUAUUGUAAAAUUUAUUUGAUGCUUAUUAAUUAAAACUUUCCCAAUUACA